AUGGUUGUUGCAAAGCUGGUCGUCACAGCCUCACUGGUUUGUGCAGUCGUCGCUCAAGAUGCAAUUACCGCUAACGGAGGCAACUUCACGCUCACAGGCGAUGAUGUUUCCUACCUGUUCCAUGUCAACACAGCGAGUGGCGACUUGGUCUCGGAUCACUUUGGAGCACCGGUCACGGACUUUGUGCCACCUGCAUUCAUUCUCCCAUGGGGCUGGCAUGACGGAAAGGUUAACGACAGGCGCGAGUUUCCCGAUAUCGGUCGAGGUGAUGUUCGUCUGCCUGCAAUUCACAUCGAGCACUCGAACGGGGACACGGUGUCAGCCUUCCUCUACCAAUCUCACGAAAUCGUCCCUGGCAAGCCUUCUAUUCCUGGUUUCCCAGCGACAUACGGGAACGAAUCCGAUGUAACCACCCUUCAAGUUCAGCUCUAUGACAACGUCUCUGACGUCGGCGCUGUGCUUUCCUACAGCAUCUUUCCCAAGUACAACGCCAUCGCCAGGAGCUUCAAGAUCACCAACAACGGAACUAGCGAUAUCGUCAUAGAGAGAGCCGCAAGCUUCUCCUUUGACUUCCCCAACCUGGACUUCGAAGUCAUCGAGCCCCAUGGCGACUGGUAUCACGAGAUGAAUACUGUCAGGCGCAAGGUGGAUUAUGGCGAGACGAGCUUUCGGUCUACUGAAGGCUACGCUGGACACACUCACAACCCGUUCUACAUGCUCACAUCUCCUUCCACAACUGAGAAUAGCGGCGAAGCUUGGGGCUUCAACCUAGUCUGGUCCGGCUCGUUUGAGGCAGCUCUCCAUAAGUUUUCUAAUGGAUACGUGCGGGCGCUCCUUGGCCUGAACCCGCUGCACGCCAGUAUUCGUGUCGCUCCUGGCGAUAGCUUCCAAGCUCCGGAGGCUGUUUCAGUCUACAGCUCUGCUGGUAUCGGUGGGGUGUCUCGCUCGUACCACGACUUGUAUAGGAACCACUUGUCUAGGCACAAGGCGACGCACGAAACCCGUCCGAUACUUCUUAACAGCUGGGAAGGAUUGGGGUUUAACAUUAACGACACCGCUGUUGUCAAUCUUGCUGGCGAAUCAGCUGAUCUUGGUAUCGAGCUCUUGGUCCAAGACGAUGGUUGGUUUGGCGUCGAGUAUCCCCGUAACAACGACAGUCUCGGACUAGGUGAUUGGACACCCAACCCUGCCAAAUUUCCCAACGGUCUCAAGCCCUACAUCGAUCAAAUUGUCAAGAUUGACGUCGUCAACGCAAGUACCAAUGACAGCACCAACACUGCUAUCAAGUUUGGCAUUUGGGUCGAACCCGAGAUGACCAACCUCAACUCGACAUUGUACAACGAGCACCCCGACUGGAUCCUGCAUUCCGGAAAGCACGCGCGAACGAUGGUCCGAAACCAAUUUGUCUUGAACGUCGGACUACCAGAAGUGCAAGAUUUCAUCAUCGACACCGUCUCCCGCAUCGCUGACUCGGCGCCCAUCUCUUACUUCAAGUGGGACAACAACAGAGGCAUGCACGAACUCGCCCGCCCAUCAGACUCCUACAACUACAUUCUCGGCCUCUACCGCGUACUCGACACGCUGACCACAAAAUACCCGGACAUCCUCUGGGAAGGCUGCGCCAGCGGCGGCGGCCGCUUCGACCCGGGGCUCCUGCACUACUGGCCGCAGCACUGGACGUCAGACAACACCGACGCAGCCGACAGACUGCAGAUCCAGCUGGGCACGUCGCUGGUCUACCCGCCCUCUGCCAUGGGCUGCCACAUCUCCAAGUCGCCCAACGGCAUAACAGGGCGCGAAGCGAGCUUCACCUACCGCGGGCACGUGGCGAUGAUGUGCGGCAGCUUCGGGCUGGAGCUGAACCCGCACGAGCUCAGCGCCGACGAGAUCGCACAGCUGCCCUCCAUCAUGGCAGACGCGCACCGCGUGAACCCUAUCGUCAUCUCGGGCCAGUUCUACCGCCUCGCGGGCCCGCAGGACAGCAACUGGCCCGCGGUGCAGUUUGUGAGCGCGGACGGCGCCGAGGCCGUUGUGUUUGCGUUCCAGCAACAGUACACGACGAAGCCUGCGGCGCCGCCGCUGCGGCUGCAAGGCUUGGACCCGAAGGCGCGGUACUUCAACAGCCUGGACAAUGGCACGUACAGCGGAGCCACGUAUGCGAACGCGGGGAUCAACGCCGGGUGGGAUCGGGGGAUUUACCAGAGCAAGUUGAUUUUCCUGGAGAAGCGUUGA